UAUUCGUUGACGUGAAUCGUAACGCAAGAAAUAUAACCUCCAAAAGUCAUCAAGCUGAAGGGAAUUAACAUUGAAGAAAUCGCUAAAAAUUGAAAUUCCACAAUGAGUGAUCUCUCAGACUUCUCGGCCCCCAAGGGUGCAGACUCUGAGCUGCAAGAUUUUCUCCUUGCAGAAAAGCAAAAGGCUCAAUUCCAUGCACAGAUUCAUGAAUUCAAUGACUUUUGCUGGGACAAGUGUGUUGACAAGCCUGGAGCAAAGCUGGACUCUCGCACAGAAACCUGCAUUACAAACUGUGUAGAGAGGUUUAUCGAUGUCUCUCUGCUUAUCACCAAUAGAUUCGCACAGAUGCUUGAGAAAGGAGGUGGAAUGCAUUGAAUCUUCCUAGUUAUAUAUUUGUUAUAAACUGGUCUAUAAGAGCUCAGUCAAUGUAUGCAACUGUUAUGCAUUUUAGGUUCAAGAUUCAUAUGAAAGUGCAUUUUUGUUUAUCUUAGUAGCUAGUGGCCAUGCUGUUGUUUGCUGUACCAAAAAUGUACAUUUAGUACCUAAAGAAAUUGUUGAUUUAAUGACAGAAUUAAACUAAGGUAUUUAAA